AAAUCGAACACUUCCCUGCACUUCCCUAUUGUAAUCUGUGGUCAAACAAAUGUCAUUUUUCAGUCACUUGAGAGAAAUGUUUUUGGAUUUCGUCUCUGUAUUUGGAUUUCGCAAUAAAGUAAAACAAUAAUUUUGUUUUUUUUCUUAAUAUUAAAUUAGUCAUGAAAUAUGUUUCGUACAGUGAAAGCGACUUUUUUGCACAUCCUCUUGGUAGCUGUUACUGUGUCUUGCAGAAUACACAAAUUGCAUCUUACUGAUGAUGAGCGGCGGUAUGUGGAUCUCACAACGUUCGGGUUCUUCACGCGCGGUAUACUCGAGGUGCGCAUGGUGGACUUCAUGAUGCCCUCGGUGCCUGUUUAUGGCGAGUAUGGGUUCACAUUGGACCGGACCAUAAACGAUGCGAUCAGCCCGUACUUGGCGCAGGCGAACUCGGAUGUGUGCUUCCUGAAGAACGAUGUGGUCUCGCCGCAACACCCCGCCGUCGUGUUCUUCAAAAUGGACUUCAAUAAUUUAAUAUUAAACGUCACCUGCAAAGCGAAAAUCCUGCAUUUGUAUCAAAACAAAUCCGUGAUACCGCUCGCACCACCGGAGAACGAAGAAGAGAAGUGUUACACCAGCCCGCUGCCAAUCACCAAAGAGACUAGGAAUGGCUUCGACUACUACAAUACUAGUUUCGCGCUCUACGUGGCGACGAAGGAAGAGGAAGGCCUCUACAAUUUAUACUUCAACAAUUGUCCUCACACUAGUGAGGGUACCGCGCCCGCCGUCAAUAUGAUUAUAGAAAUAUACGAAAGCAACAACGGCAACUAUUUGUCCGCCGGCGACAUCCCCCUGCCUCUGUUCUACGCUGUGACGUCAAUGGUUUUCUUCUUCUGCGCUGUGCUGUGGACGUACAUUCUGAAGACCAGUCUACAGACGGUCUACCGCAUCCACAUCAUCAUGUGCAUCCUGGUCUACUUGAAAGCGUUGUCGCUCGCCUUCCACGGCAUCAACUAUCACUUCAUACAGAUCAGAGGCGAACACGUGACAGCCUGGGCGAUAUUGUACUACAUCACACAUUUGUUGAAGGGCGCGGUGCUGUUCGUGACGAUAGUGCUGGUGGGCACCGGGUGGAACUUCAUCAAACACAUACUCUCCGACCGCGACAAGAAGUUGUUCAUGAUCGUCAUACCGCUGCAGGUGUUGGCGAAUGUGGCUGAGAUCAUCCUGGCGGAGAGCGAGGAGGGCGCUGCGGAACACAAUGCGUGGCGCGACAUCUUCAUAUUGGUAGAACUGCUGUGCUGCGGCGCUGUGCUGUUCCCUGUUGUGUGGUCGAUACGUCACCUGCAAGACGCGUCGACGACCGACGGCAAGGCCGCGAUCAAUCUGCGCAAACUGAAGCUAUUCAAACAUUUCUACGUGAUGGUCGUAUGUUAUAUAUACUUCACGAGGUUCGUCGUGUCCAUUUUGGAGAUCACAGUGCCUUUCCAAUACUCUUGGAUGGACGAGAUGUUCCGCGAGAUGGCGACACUGGUGUUCUUCGUGAUGACCGGCUAUAAGUUCCGACCGGCCGCCGCCAACCCAUACUUUACACCCAACCACGUGGAUGAUGUCAAGCCUCAAGUUUUAUCGGACAUCGGCGUGCUGGAAGGCAUCACGAGGAUACCGAACCGCGGCGAGCGCAAGCGCGAAGACCUACAGCCUCUCAUGCAGGAAACUAAUUACAACUCUGAUUAGACGUGUCAUAGAUACUGUAGCUCUUGUAACGAUUACCUUCAUGAUAUUUUGUAAUCGAUUCACUCGAUUAUUAGCCGGUUCCUCCGAAUCUUUAAAUGCAACAGCUAUAUCUAAAGGUGUUCGAAUUUCCACAACACAUGCGUUAUAUAGGAAAAAGUAACAGUAACUUUCACUUACUUUAUUACGAAUGAAGGAACUGGCCUUUAGAAUAAUUCGAUUAGUACGUGUCCACACAGUCGCCCGACUCGUCCGAAGUUGGUGCGAGUAGUUCGAUAAGACUUAAGUUGGUAAUGUAGGUAUUUGGAAUGUUGGGCGAUUGUAUGGGAGCGUACAAUAAAAUUAAGCUGUCAAUCCAAUGCGUUUCAAUAUGGGACCGAUUUUCUUGUGAUAGAUACUGUAGAUUUUGUAUUUCCAUGCAAUCAUUCCUUCAUACAUUUUUCUGUUCGAUCUAAAAACUCUUCCAGGCUUCCAUCUUUCCUAACCUUAUGAGCAGUGUUUCGAACAUAUCUCCAAUAAAUAUACGUCGCAGUUCAUAAAAUAAUUAGUUUAAAAAAUAUGCCACAGAUCAUAAAAAUAGAUUCCAAACUUUAUCAGUGUUUGUCUUCAUGUUGAUGUACUGGAUGUUUAGAUUUGAUGUUCAAUAUUUAUUGGUAAAUUAAAUGGGCCUAGUUUGGGUAGCAUUCGUGAUAAAUGUCUAUAAUUGUACAUAUCUUUUGAAUGUCUAUUUAAUAAAUUAGAGAAUGUUGUGACCUUUUGACCUUUCACAUCAAACAUUUUGUGUCAUCCCUAUAUUUCUAAUACCAUUGGUCUGUUAGCUGUCUAAAUUAGUAAUUACUUUUUUCUGAUGACUUUUUUGUAUUCAAUAGUUCCCAUUAAGCAUUACAUAUCCAAAUAUAAUAGUUGUAUAAAUUUAGAUCUCAAGUUUGCCUCACAAUAAGACAGGUUUUGUGUUCAUAAUAUAAUAUGUAAUUCGAUUUUAUCAUAUGUUUACAGUUUUAAAAUAAAUCGCGUUGAUGUAAAUAUAAAUCAAUUUGAUAUUUCUUUUUCUAAAUGUAAAAACGUAAAUCAUAUCAAUAUAGUGUCAUGUUUAUGGAUUCAUAUAUUUCUUUUCAUAGACAGUCAUAGUUAAUACUGCAUAGUAACAUGUUUUCUCUACGCCUUCGGGUUGCUUUUUUAUAAGCCAAGUAGAUAAUGCAUAAAUCGUUAACAUCACGUUGGAUAUGGCUCGAAGGACCACUGAUCGACUUAGUAAUGUAAGGUUGUAUCGAAUUAAUUAUUGAUUCGAAUUAUAAUAUUGUUUUUUAUACUCCAUUUAAAUUCGCAUUUUUAUCUUUAGGUAUUUGUACAUGUAUUUGGUACUUAUUUUAAAAUGCAUAUGAACUAUUUUUUCUUAUUCAUUGACUGUCUAAGAGUGUGCCAACAUUUUUGGGUAAAGGCCAAAAUGUAACUAAACUUUUGAGGGUAAUGUUACAUCUAUUUCUCGAAGGGUCAACGUUACUUAACACCCUAGGUCAGGGAUAACAAACUAUUGGCACGUGUGUACAUCUGAAAAUAAUUUUGUUAUGCUAAUUACGGAUUUAAUUUGUUCAAAGUCGAUUAAUAAAUAUUUUUUUUUACAUGAGGUAAUAGAAAAACAUUAUGUGUUCAUGGCACAGAAACUUACAUUCUACGAGUUAUUUUUCGUCUUCGAUCUAAAUUACGAGAAAUAAUAAUUCAUAUGUAAAAUGCGUAAUUUUUCAAUUUGAUAACAUAAAUAUAUCAUCUAAGGAAAAUAAUAAAAGUCCUCCACAGAGUGUUUGCGUUUGUUGGUUCGAUAGUAAGCUUGUAUGGAGCGAGCGAUCUGCCUAGACAUGAAUAUAUUGUUUACUCAGGUACCUCUAAUGGCAAAGAGGGAUGGAUGCCAAUGCAUCAAAGCGACGCUUCGUCACCAAUCUUUCAAAUCGUUUUAUACUCGUAUACGUCACGUCGAUAAUCUAUGGUCAUUGCUUUUAUCAAAUGAACCAAUGAUAGUUAAUCGUAUAUUCAUACUGUAUUAUUUGAAAAUGAUAGAAUUUCCGUGUACCCUCAUAAUAAUUUUCUUACGAUAAAAUAUAAGAAUUAAAACAUUGAAAUCCAAUGGUAAUGCAACAAUUCUUGGCGCUCGCAUAAAUCUAUCGCAAUAGUCGACCUCUGUGGAAGGAUUGCGUCAACGUGUAACGCGAGAAUGUUUUCGUUUGACGUGCGGCGACCUUUGUGAAACGCAUUGUGGCCGAAAUGGGGUCUUUAACGCGUCAACCGUUCGUGUGGGUAGCCCUUUACGAAAUGUAUAUAUAUCACCUUCACAAUGUAGAGAUGUGAUCAAACUUGUUGAUUUUUAGGUAUAUUUUUGUAUAAGCUCAAAAGCGGUAUCUCAAAAAAAAUCAAAAUUGAUUUUUAUGUCGUCAGAUAGCUUAAAGAAAUGACCAUCCAACGAACUUACGUAAAUAACGGUAUCUUGUUUAGAAUUUGUGGAAAAAACCUUAAAAGAGGUUUCUCUAUUUCAGUUUUACAUACAAAUAUAUUUAUAAAACUUUGAUUAUCGCGAAAUAAGAUUUCUCUGACAUACCGCUUUUGCGCUUAGCACGGCAGAAUAAGGGUAUAAACGAUUGUAAAUCAUUUUGAAUUGAGGAUAAUAAGUCAGGACUAAGAGAUACGUGCAAAAAGCUAUGGAGUUCUCUUAUAAUAAAGGUGCGAAGUGUGCCAUUUGCGUGUUUGGUCUUCAAAUAGGGUACUUCGAAGAUAAUCACAUUGACUAAUUAUAAUUUUCUUUAAAUUUCCGCGAUGAAUGAAAUGAAGUGUCGGCGUGUAGAAAGUAUACGCGGACCCGUUAUUUUAUAUUACGAAUUAUGAAUGUAACGCAAUCGUCUUCCUUCUCGAUAUGUUUAUAUAAUCUCAAAAGUAUCAGUUUUGUUUUGUAUAUUAUUUUGAACGUUAUUAUGUGCUUUAUUUUUCCUCAGUUUUGGUACAUCAUAAUAAAGAAUAAGGUUUUUCGUACUAUUUAAUUUCACUCUAAAAUAUCAUACUAUUUUUUUAUGAUUGGACAAUAAAUUGUAUUUAUAGUUAUUGUAACACCAAUAGUUUUACAGUAGGGUUAUUGAAUGAUUUGUUGACGCGGUCAGAAAAUAGUCAAAAAACAGUUUGGCAUCCUUAAAAUAUAAUGGGUAUUGGGCAGCGCAAGUUUUCUGUUAGGCGGGCGCUAUACUCGUAAGUUUCGCUCAUUUUUACGUUAGUUAGUUCGUAAGUAACUUACGUAAGUAAAUCUUCAAUAGACACGCCCGCCUUUGAACGGCGAGAGAUGAUUCUGUACUAAUAUCAUUAUAUUUAUCAAAUUAUCCGAACAAGAAUUAUUUUGAAUUAAACGUAAAAAUAUAAAUUUAUGAUCUUAUGUUUGUAUUUAAUUGCUAUACUUCACUCAGCCGCACUUAUACAUUGUAAUGUAUACCUUGUACGGUUACGUAAAAUAACAUUAUUUAUAAUAUUGUAGAAUUACCUAAGAUCCUGUGUAUUCUAGAGUUUGUAAUGUCAAUGACUGUUCGCUUCACAUCCAUGCCGCAUGAAACAUGAAUAAAUAUCCUAAAUUAAGUAUGACUUGUGUUCGUAAUGAUGUAUAAAUUGUACAAAUAAUAAUUAAGAGUGAAUAAAAAUAAAUCGUGGAUAAUUAA